AUGGUGUGGCCACUUUCUCUUGCGCUUCUGACCGCGACAGCCCAAAUCAGUAUUGCCUACCACCCUCCAGUAAAGAUAAACCUAUCGAGUCGUACAAAAUACGAUCGUUUAGUUGGGCGGGCUUUACCGAAGACGACCGUUCCGCUAGAGAACUACUUUAACGGGACUGAUCUGCAGUGGCAUGGGGAGGUACAAGUAGGGACCCCUCCGCAAAUUUUCAGCGUUGUUUUCGAUACCGGAAGCCUCGAUGCUGUAAUCCCAGACCAUUCAUGCAAUUCCUGCCUAGGACAUAGAACUUUCAGCCGCAAUCUUUCCUCUACAUUUAAUGACUAUAACGAAUCCUUCUACGCUGAGUUUGCCACCGGCGUGGGCGUAGACCCCAGCAUUUCCGAAUGGCUUAUUUAUGCGGCCGCUCAGGAUGUAGUCUCGGUUGCUGGCUUGCCUGCGGUAACCCUAGAUAUGUAUCUGAUUACCGACGAGAGCGCAGGAUUUUGGGCCGCCCCGUUUGAUGGAAUUUUUGGUAUGGGCUAUAAGGCUCGAGGGUCAUUUUUCCAAACGCUGGUACAACAAGGGUUAGAUCCUGUCAUGGGCUUCUGGCUAACGCCAUUAUCAAUGGGGCAAGCAGAAAUGACCCUUGGAGGUGUGGAUGAAUCAAAGAUUCAGGGAAAGAGAGUCGACUACAUACCUAUUCCCGGUGGGGCUUAUGGCUUUUGGCAAUUAGAAUCGAGUCAAUUUGCGGUCAAUGGAAACACUAACCAUGUGCUGAAACGGAUUCGCCAAGUCUACUUCGAUUCGGGGACGGCCAACCUUCAGUUCCCGAAGGAUACUACGGAAGCACUAUAUGCGUUAAUUUCUCCCAAGAUUAAGCCAGUUGGGACGAAUGGCGCGUAUGGUCUACCAUGCUCCGAAGUUUCAUCGAUCCAAGCCCGGAUAGAUUUCACCUUUAAUGACCAGAACGGAAAGCCUAUUAUCCUUUCCGUGCCUCCACAAGAACUGAGUGUUGGCCCGUUCACAGACAACGAGAGGAUGUGUCAGACGCUCAUAAACGCAGGCUACGACCAGAACUUCGUUGGGGGGAGUUUGCUCAAGCACUACUACAGCAUUUGGGAUCAGGGUAAUGCACGUAUGGGUUUCGCGUCAUGA